AUGGCCAAGAGAGGCAACCUUGCCGAGCCAACUGAGCUGCGGCCUGCGAAGAAAUCCAAGUCCGACGAUAAGAAGGAAAAGAAAGAGAAGAAGGAUAAGAAGGAUAAGAAGGACAAGAACAAUGGAGAGAAAACUGUGGAAGCCAGUUCAUCUGAUGAGCAGACCGGGUACACACAGGCUUCGGCGCUCACUGAUCUGCCACAGUCUCAGAUUGAUCAGUUCCUCGAGGAAAACGAUCUUUAUGCUCCAUUGAAGGCUUUCCCGGCCCCAUCGCCCAUUCAGGCCGCCACCUGGCCCCUUCUUUUCGCCGGUCGUGAUGUGAUCGGUAUUGCGGAGACUGGUAGUGGCAAGACCCUUGGCUUUGGUCUGCCCUGCCUCAAGAAGCUGUUGGAUUCCAAGCGCACCAGGAAGCCCUAUCACCCCACUGCUGUGAUUAUCUCGCCCACCCGCGAGCUUGCGAUGCAAAUCUAUGACCAGCUCGUCAAGUUUUCUCAUGUGGCCAAGGCUGAUGUAACAUGUAUCUUCGGUGGUGUGGGCAAGGAUGAGCAACGAGUGGCACUCAAGACGGCCGCGAUCGUGGUCGCAACCCCCGGUCGUCUGAAGGAUCUCCAGAAUGACGAGUCUGUCAACCUCAGCAAGGUCAAAUAUCUCGUCUUGGACGAGGCUGACCGUAUGCUGGACAAGGGUUUCGAGCAGGAUAUCAAGGAUAUUAUCGCCCCUAUGCCAGUCUCCAGGAGACAAACGGUCAUGUUCACGGCCACAUGGCCUAAAUCAGUUCAGGCCCUUGCUGCCACUUUCAUGAACUCUCCGGUCACUGUGACCAUUGGUGGUGACCCUUCUGCGGAUCCCCGCGCCAACACACGGAUCAAGCAAGAUGUUGAGGUUUUGGACGGCCGGGAGAAAGAGAACCGACUGAUCCAAUUACUCAACCGCUCCCAAAGAGGCCAGAACCCGGAGAAGGUCUUGGUCUUCUGUCUCUACAAGAAGGAGGCGAUGCGCAUCGAGCGAUUGAUAAAGAUGAAGGGUUUCAAGGUGGCUGGAAUUCACGGUGAUCUGAACCAGUCGGAUCGUUUCCGCAACCUUGAGGCGUUCAAGAGCGGUGCUGCUACCGUGCUUGUUGCAACUGAUGUGGCGGCCCGUGGUUUGGAUAUUCCUGCCGUAAUGUUGGUUAUCAACGUUACCUUCCCUCUGACGGUAGAGGACUACGUGCACCGUAUUGGACGAACCGGGCGAGCCGGAGCGACUGGUCAUGCCAUAACAUUGUUCACCGAACAAGAUAAAGCACUUUCUGGCGGGUUGAUCAACGUACUGAAGGCUGCUAAGCAGGACGUGCCCGAGUCCUUGUUGAAGUUCGGCACUACUGUCAAGAAGAAGCAGCACGACGCUUACGGUGCUUUCUUCAAGGACAUUGGCACCGACAAGAAGGCCACCAAGAUUACAUUCGAUGACUGA